GAGAGAGAGAGCGAGAGAAUGCAACUGUGUAUGUUUGAGACAGAGAGACAAGUGAGAGAAUGCAACUGUGUAUGUUUGAGAGAGAGUGAUAGUGAUAAACUGAGCAAGAGAGAGAAUGCAAGUGUUAAUGUCGGAGAAAGGGAAAAAAGAGCAGGAGUGAGAGAUUGAGAGAGAUAGAGUAAGAAUGCAGUUGAAUAUGUUGGAGAGAGAGAGCGUGAGAGAGCGAGUGAGAUCGAGAAUGCAGUUGUAUAUGUUGGAGAGAGUGAGAGAAUGAGAGAAUGAGAGAGAGAGAGAGAGAGAGAGAGAGAGAGAGAGAGAGAGAGAGAGAGAGAGAGCGAAUGCAGUUAUAUAUGUUAGAGAUAGAGUGAGAGAGAGAGAGCGAAUGAGUGAGAGAGAAUGCAGUCAUAUAUGUUUUGGAGAGAGAGAGCGAGUGAGAUCGAGAAUGCAGUUGUAUAUAUUGGAGAGAGUGUGUGAGAGAGAGAGUGUGUGAGAGAGCGAGAGUGUGAGAGAGAGAGAGAGAGAGAGCGAGUGUGAAAGAGAGAGAGAGAGUGUGUGAGAGAGAGAGAGUGUGUGAGAGAGAGAGUGUGUGAGAGAGCGAGAGUGUGAGAGAGAGAGAGAGAGUGUGAGAGAGAGAGAGAGAGAGAGUGUGUGUGAGAGAGAGAGAGUGUGUGAGAGAGAGAGAGCGAGUGUGAGAGAGAGUGCGAAUGCUGGCCGGUCAGAUUUGCCCCGUGCAGGAUAAACUUGCGCAGUGAGACUGUGUAACUGGCGUGAGAACGAGCCCGGCAUCAUCUCACGGCGAUUGAUAUGCCAGGCCGCGAGGCUGGCACCGUCGGAGCGGGCGAGGGAGCCGACGCGAGCAGCUGACUCACGGCGACGGGGGAGCUUCUCCGGGGGGUGGGGGCGCUCACCUGGACCCUGAUCAUGGAGUGGAAGCACAUCCAGGCGGUGCAGGAAUUCACUGCUGAAGGGCAAUGCAGCAAAAUCGAGGUGCGAUCAUGCAGGAUUAGCUGGGACUCCGCUAAGAUGGCGACCCCCCGUGUUGAACUCACCCUCUCUGAACUUCAGGAGAUGGCUGUACGACAGCAGCAGCAGAUCGAAGCUCACCAGCAGAUGCUGAUUGCGAAGGAGCAGCGUCUGCUCUACCUGAAGCAGCAGGAUCAGGGUUCGAGUCCCUGUGAUCAGGAGAAGUUACAGAGGCUGAGAGAGAAGGUGGAGAAUCAGGAGGCCAAACUGAAGAAGGUUCGAGCCAUGAGGGGACAAGUGGAUUAUAGUAAACUCAUCAACGGGAACCUGUGUACGUAUCCCUCACCCCCCUACAGUCAGUCAUGGUUUACCCUCAUCACCAUCACAGGGUCAGCGGUGGAGAUCGAGAACGUGAACACACUGUUUCAGGAGAAGCAGGUGGAGCUGCAGCAGGCCGUGGUGAAGGUGGAGCAGCUCACACAGCAGCUGGAGGACCUGCGACACAAACGCAUCACAGACUCACAACCUGCAGGGGGCGCCGCGCUGGAACUGCACAAACUCUACCAGGAACUGCAGAUGAGGAACAAGCUGAAUCAGGAGCAGAACACUAAGCUUCAGCAGCAGAAGAACAUGCUAAAUAAACGCAACCUGGAGGUGAGCAUGAUGGACCGGCGCAUCGACGAGCUGAGGGAGCGUCUGCACAGGAAGAAAACAGAGUUGGGGCGUGUCAGUGUCCCGUCCUCCCCUCAGUCUGUCCCCGUCUCCUCCGGCCGGGUCGCCGCCGUGUUCCCGUACAUCCAGACGCCCUCGGUCACGGGGAGGCAGGACAGAGGCUACAGUCUGACCCCUGACCCCCUCAAACCACAUCUACUGACUGCUCAGAUAAACCACACACGGUCCAGAUCAGACGAUGAUCCGCCCAGGAAACCCUCGGGUCCGUGGAAGGUGUCGGAUUUAGACAUCGUAGUGGACCGUGAGGGGCCGGUCAGAUCCACCACUAACGAUGCUAACUGGAACAUGGGCUCCGUCAAAGCGCCCGACUGGAAGGACCUGAGCCAGGACCCCGGGAAGAUGACCGUCGGUGAGAAGGGAUCUUCGAAAGUUCUGGGCACCGUCACGGCCCUGUCCAGACACCCGUCCUCCAUCUACGGCACCUACCCCAGCGUGGGUCACCACUCCACCAUCUGUGCCACCAGCUCCCUGCCCCGCUCGGCCCCGGGCACGCUGGCCUGGCACCGACCCACCGGCUCCUCGUCACAGAUCCAGCAGAGGAUCACCGUCCCUCCCAGCCCCACAUCGUCCGCCGGCUCGCCCGUGUUACCCCCCGCCGAGAGGACCGAGCCGCCCCUGGCCGCCGCCGUCCGCCCGUUCGUCUCGGACCGGGGGUCCCGACCGCAGUCUCCGAGGAAGGGUCCGGCCACCAUGAACUCCAGCUCCAUCUAUCACGUGUACCUGCAGCAACCGGCGGCCAAGAACUACCAGAGCAGCAGCACCAGGGCCGCCGUCAAAGCAGUUUACGGGAAGCCGGUCUUGCCGAACUCCAGCUCCUCGUCUCCCGUCUCCUUCCAGCACCAGACGUCCCGAGAGGACUCGGAGCGCGAGUCCGAAUCCGAGAUGACCCCACAGGCCAGCGUGGAGAACAUCCCGCGGCCCCUGAGCCCCACCAAACUCACCCCGGUGGCGCACUCCCCGCUGCGCUACCAGAGCGACAUCGAUCUGGAGGUGCUGAGGAGGAAGCUGGCCAACGCCCCGCGCCCUCUCAAGAAACGCAGCUCCAUCACCGAGCCCGAGGGCCCGGGCGGCCCCAACAUCCAGAAGCUGCUCUACCAGCGUUUCAACACGCUCGCCGGCGGCAUCGAAUCCGUCACGCCCUUCUUCCAACCCGACGCUGCGCUCGGCCCGCCGGGCGACGCCCAUCCGGCUAACGGAAACGUAGCAGAGGAGAGCAGACGAACCGAAGCGCAGACGUCCGGACCGAUUGUCUCGCAACCCGUGCGCUCACCUGUGCCCGACGCCAGAGAAAAAAAGGCGGAGAAAACGGAUCGUGUAGAGACUCUGAUCACAGAGCCCACAGAUACUAAAGAGGAAGCUCAGAACAACAGUCAGUCAUUGUCAGACAAGAACAGGAAGUCUGCACCAGUGGAGAAGGAAACCGCCGAGCAGCCCGGUGUCACCAACACUGUGAAGAGGACGAACCUGAAGAAGCCGGGGUCCGAGAGGACGGGUCACGGUCUGAGGGUGAAGUUCAACCCGCUGGCACUGCUGCUGGACGCCUCGCUGGAGGGAGAGUUCGACCUGGUACAGAGGAUCAUAUACGAGGUGGAUAAUCCCAGCACCCCCAACGACGAGGGCAUCACCCCCCUCCACAACUCCGUGUGUGCCGGGCACUAUCACAUCGUCAAGUUCCUGCUGGAUUUCGGAGUGAACAUCAACGCUGCAGACAGCGACGGCUGGACCCCCCUCCACUGCGCAGCGUCCUGUAACAGCGUUCAUCUCUGUAAGCUGUUGGUGGAGUCGGGCGCCGCCGUGUUCGCCACCACCAUCAGCGACGUGGAGACGCCGGCCGACAAGUGUGAGGAGAUGGAGAGCGGCUACAUCCAGUGCUCCCAGUUCCUGUACGGGGUGCAGGAGAAGCUGGGCGUGAUGAACAAGGGGGCGGUUUACGCCCUGUGGGAUUACGAGGCGCGGAGUCCGGACGAGCUCUCGUUCCGGGACGGCGACGCCCUGACGGUGCUGAGGCGGCGGGACGAGAGCGAGACCGAGUGGUGGUGGGCGCGGCUGAACGAGCGCGAGGGCUACGUCCCCCGAAACCUGCUGGGGUUGUACCCGAGGAUCAAGCCCAGGCAGCGAUCUCUGGCGUAGCGCCCCCUGUGGACGACUCCGACCCACGGGGUUCUAACCUCUUCGGACCCGCGCCAGCUCGAAACGGGAAGCGGAUCGCGGCUAACGGACGAUUUCUUGAGUUGCCUGAUGAGAUUUGGAGGUUUUUUGGGUCUCUGUGGAGGAACGUUGUGGAUUUCUGGUUGUUUUGGACAGAGGACGCAGCGCGUGAGGGUUUGUGGAUGUUUUUGGAAGGACAGGAAACCACGAGAGACGGAAAAACGAAGGAAGGAAGCAGAAAGUACUCAGAGAGGGAAGAGAAAUGUCGAGGCGUGACGGUUUUACACGGCGGGAAGCGAGUGAAUGUUAGCGGCGUCUUUAUUUACGGACUGUACGAGGAAAGUAAAGAACAAAACUGUUUUAUAUCCGUACGCGGCUGUGAGUAAAUAUUAUAAAUAUUACCGGAAUAGUUUUACCAAAAAUAAAAACCAGAUGUAGCUAAUCAUCCUGGACAUGCUUGCUGGCUAACGUUAUCUUUCUUUAUUUGUAUUUUCUGCUCCUGCACAGUUGCUACAAACGUCGAAUCGCUUAAAAAUAAAGCUUCUGAAUCAGUAGAGCGCAGUUCGCUUUUAUUUUUUGUAUGUUUGUUAGCCUGUUAGUACAUUUAAAGAUCUGCGGACGUUUUUUGCCUCAGCUAGGGUCAGCGUUCAGGAUCAUUCAAUAUAAACAUGGAAGGCUAGCUAACAUGAAACCAGCGCUAACGAUCCACAAAGCUAACGGUUCAUGGGAGAUUAAAUCUGUCUUACUAACCAAGCUAAUAAGACUUUUACGCAGCUAUAAAAUUAGCGCUUCACUUCACUGAUCUGGAAUCCGACCAAAAACGUCAUGCAGUCGUCAAAACACGUGAUCUAGGGCAGCGAACCCCCAACCUUAUUUGCACCACGGACCGGCGGAGGCAGAGGAUUCAAAAUAAAAUAAUACUGCUCACAAAUGAGCUUUUUCCACUGCAACCACACGCUGCUCCCACCUAGUGGUGAUAAGAGACCAUAACACCCGAAGUGUGCUGGAAAUGAAAGCAGUGUUUUCAUCUCUAAUUAUUUAUUCUUUCUGUGCACCUGUCCACGGCCUGGUGGUUGGGGACCUCUGAUCUAGGAAAAAAAGACGGUUCUAGAUUUCUGAGAGAUCAGAGAUCAACAGUGUUCAGCUUAAACUUGCAUCGUUGCUCUUUACGCACUUAAAUUCCACCAGAUUUUUUAAAUCUUUUAAUAAUAUCAUGCGCUGUAGAGGGAGAAAUAUGCAAAUCCCUUCCCAUCUUUGUUUGAGGAACUUUUUAAUGCUCAUCUUUGCUCCUUAUAGACUCAGACUUUCAUGAAUGCUGCUUUUAAUCAUGUUAAAUCUCCUACAUGAUUACUCGCCCUAAAUUCCCCCGUCCCAACUUUUUUUUGGAACGUGUUGCAGGCGUGAAAUGCAGGAAUAGAUAAAACACUGUUGUUGUUUUUUUUUUUUUUCAUUUUCCAUACCGUCCCAACCUCUUUCUGGAUCCAGCAGGAACCAAAGAACAGUGAGAGUAGGAUGAGGAGCGGAGACUGCGUUUUAUGGUUCCCUAAACAUUUACAGUUCUGAAAAAUAACCGUGGCUCUUUAAUUCUGGCUCAUGGUGAACAGAAUUGAGUGGAUAAACUGUUUCAUGUGCUGUGUUUAUCUCACUGUGGUUUUGAUGCUGUUUAUAAUGCAGAUAAGGGCGUGGUUUUAGGGUGGGGGGGGGUCACUAAUUAUAAUGCAGUACAUCACACUGACCUACAAACGGCGUUCAUGUUAAACAUCCUGUGCACAAUAAAAAGAUUCUCACCCUGAAAA